AUGUUAGACGAAGACUCAAUGCAAGAUAUUGACAUUUCUAUCAAUGAUUUGUUCCCAGUUUCAGUGCAGACCAUAGUAUACAUAUUUCGAAAAGUAAUUCGAUCAGGGCAAGAUACAAUUUUAUAUUGGUAUCACUUUGUUGGAAAAUAUGACAGAAGAAUAGAUGAAGUUUCUGUUAGCAACAAGGUCGGUAAGAAAAAGGCAACUAGCUUAAUAUAUCACGAAAUUAAACAGUUUCUACCUGAUAUCACGGAUGUGAAUUUACGACAUAUAAUUCUCAAAGCUAGAAAAAUUAGAACACUUUUUAGUGCAGUAGGGAUAGAAAAAAUUAAACAAGUUUCAUAUAGCGCAAAUGCAAUUUCUAACCUCUCUUAUACGCAAAUCCAAAACAUCAUAAAUUAUGUAUUAUCAGCUCCGCUGGCACGACCAAAAACCGUGACCAUUUGUCACAAUCAGAUUAAUGUAGAGGUAAGUGUUUCAGCUACAUCACCUAUUCCUCCAACUAAUUCUUCAGGUCCAGGUAAAUUAAUUGGCAUUUUAACGGAUAAAAUUCGUUCUAAAUUAUAUAAAAGAUAUAAAAAUGAAACUGGCCUCGAUCCUUGGAUGGAUUCCAAACCCUCUGAAUCUUUUGAGGAAAAGACUUUAUUUGUACCGCAGGUAAAUGUUCAAUCUAUACCAUCAAAAUGA